GGAAGGACGGCUCAGUGACCCCGGAGGAGCAGCGGGAGGGCGUUCCAGCCGAGGGCGCCGCUGUACCCAGACACUGAGGCAUGCAAGACUGGGGUUUCAUUAUUACUUAAGCUGCAUCCAUGGAGCACAUACAGGGUGCUUGGAAGACGAUCAGCAACGGUUUUGGACUCAAGGACGCCGUGUUUGACGGCUCCAGCUGCAUCUCCCCGACGAUCAUGCAGCAGUUUGGCUAUCAGCGCCGGGCCUCAGACGAUGGCAAACUCACAGACUCCUCGAAGACGAGCAGUACCAUCCGAGUCUUCUUACCGAACAAGCAGAGAACAGUGGUCAAUGUGCGGAAUGGGAUGAGCUUGCAUGACUGCCUUAUGAAAGCGCUCAAAGUGAGGGGCCUGCAACCGGAGUGCUGUGCAGUGUUCAGACUUCUCCAUGAGCACAAAGGUAAAAAAGCACGUUUAGAUUGGAAUACUGAUGCUGCCUCUUUGAUUGGAGAAGAACUUCAAGUAGAUUUCCUGGAUCAUGUUCCCUUUACAACACACAACUUUGCUCGGAAGACGUUCCUGAAACUUGCCUUCUGCGACAUCUGUCAGAAGUUCCUGCUGAAUGGGUUUCGAUGUCAGACUUGUGGCUACAAAUUUCAUGAGCACUGCAGCACCAAAGUCCCUACCAUGUGUGUGGACUGGAGUAACAUCAGACAGCUCUUGUUGUUUCCAAAUUCCACUAUUGGUGACAGUGGGGUCCCAGCACUACCGUCUUUGACAAUGCGUCGGAUGCGAGAGUCUGUUUCCCGGAUGCCUGUUAGUUCCCAGCACAGAUACUCCACACCUCACGCCUUCACUUUCAACUCCUCCAGUCCCUCCUCCAAAGGCUCCCUCUCCCAGAGGCAAAGGUCAACAUCCACACCCAAUGUCCACAUGGUCAGUACCACGCUGCCCGUGGACAGCAGGAUGAUUGAGAAUAACAGCCUGAAUGCUUCUCCCAGGGCGUGGUCCAGAGGAUUUUGUGUGAGGGGAAGAGAUGCAAUUCGAAGUCACAGCGAAUCAGCCUCCCCAUCAGCCCUGUCCAGCAGCCCCAACAACCUGAGCCCAACUGGUUGGUCGCAGCCCAAAACCCCGGUACCGGCACAAAGAGAGCGUGCUCCAGGACCUGGCACACAAGAGAAGAACAAAAUUAGGCCUCGAGGACAGAGAGAUUCAAGUUACUACUGGGAAAUAGAAGCCAGUGAAGUGAUGCUCUCCACCCGGAUUGGGUCAGGCUCCUUUGGAACUGUCUAUAAGGGCAAAUGGCAUGGAGACGUGGCAGUGAAGAUCCUGAAGGUGGUAGACCCAACCCCAGAGCAGUUCCAGGCCUUCAGGAACGAGGUGGCGGUGCUGCGCAAAACGCGGCAUGUCAACAUCCUGCUCUUCAUGGGGUACAUGACAAAGGACAACCUGGCGAUUGUGACACAGUGGUGCGAGGGCAGCAGCCUCUACAAACACCUGCAUGUCCAGGAGACCAAGUUCCAGAUGUUCCAACUGAUUGACAUCGCCCGGCAGACGGCUCAGGGCAUGGACUACUUACAUGCGAAGAACAUCAUCCACCGGGACAUGAAAUCCAACAAUAUAUUUCUCCACGAAGGCCUCACAGUGAAAAUCGGCGAUUUUGGCUUGGCAACAGUGAAAUCGCGCUGGAGUGGCUCCCAGCAGGUGGAGCAGCCCACUGGCUCUGUGCUGUGGAUGGCCCCAGAGGUGAUUCGAAUGCAGGACAACAACCCGUUCAGCUUUCAGUCUGAUGUUUACUCCUACGGCAUUGUGCUAUAUGAGCUGAUGACGGGGGAGCUCCCCUACUCCCACAUCAACAACCGUGACCAGAUCAUCUUCAUGGUGGGCCGGGGCUAUGCCUCUCCAGACCUCAGCAAGCUCUACAAGAACUGCCCCAAGGCCAUGAAGAGGCUGGUAGCAGACUGCCUGAAGAAGGUGAAGGAGGAGCGGCCUCUCUUCCCUCAGAUCCUGUCUUCGAUUGAGCUGCUCCAGCACUCUCUGCCCAAGAUCAACCGGAGCGCAUCUGAGCCUUCCCUGCACCGGGCAGCACACACCGAGGACAUCAAUGCAUGCACGCUGACCACAUCCCCGCGGCUGCCUGUCUUCUAGCUGGUUCUCUACCCGGGGAGGGAGGGAGUCAGAAGCUGCUAAGGACCUUCUAGACAACACACAGGGCCUUACUUCACUUUGCCUUCUCUACCCAUGUGGCCCCGGGAGAAAGCCAGUCACUGCCCUGCUGCCUCAUCUCUGUGGGCCCAGCCUUCUCCAGGUGCACACAGAUCUCACGCAAUACCACGCUGGGCUCUGGCUGGCAACGAGAGGCAGGAGUGUUUUGGGGGAAGAGAAAGGUGGUGGACAGCCCAGCCCCGGUGUAGGGACACAUGGUGUAUUAGAAAUCAGCUUCUUCACCUCUUGGAUGGUGGUGCAGCGCCAAAUAGUUUUGCACAUAAUGCACCAAACAGCCAGGACUGCUGGGAUCCCGGCUGCAGAGAGCCUGCUCUGGUACUAUGGAACUUGACUGUGGGGACACGUCCCCAUGUCCCAUCUGCCCUCCCUGGGAGCAGCCCCCUCAUGCCGAAUCUGUCUUCCAGGAGCUGCCCCAGGGUGGGCGCUGGCCAGCCCUGUCCCUAGUCAGCCUCAGCGUCAUGUAUACAAGGAAACCA